UUCAGGUGAAUCGGAGAUCUAUCUUCCUAGGUAACUAAGAUUUCUUUGCGCAAUUAUUCGCGACCCCACCUCUUUCCUCCCACAACAAGUCCACCUCUUCCUCCCAGAACAAACCCACCUCUUGCUACCAGAACAAAUCCACCUCUUCCUCUCACAACAAGUAUCUCGAGCCCAUUACACCAGGCACCUUCAAUAAUAACUCUAAUUCGAAGACCACGCGGAAAGAUUAAGAUUGAAUCCGACAACACCCCGGUCUCAAUCAAUCAAGCGCAAAACGACACUUUCCAUCCAUCUGCGUCUUGUUCUCUAACAAACCUCCUCCUUCCUCAACCCAACGAUCUUCAACUGCGCAAGUCUUCCGAUAUCAACAGUGAUCGCAGCCAUGCCUCCAAGCCUACCGUCAGAGCUCUGGCUUGAAAUCAUCACACUCCUUCCAAGAGCAGACCUCCCGAAUCUAGCGAGAGUCUCCAAGACUUUGUACGACUUGACUGUGGAGCCGCUCUAUCAAAAUGUGGAUCUCACGAACCAAUGGAAUUCCCACAAAGCUACCGAGUCCUUCUUCUGGACUGCGAUCAAGAGACCGGGAUUGCUGCGCCUUGUGAAGCAGGUGACAUUUCAAAUUCUGACGGAUCCUUGGCUAGAUAAUGGCGCCACUCUCAUUUACCAUCCGGAUGCAUUGAAAGAGUACCGUUGGAUUCAAGAUCUAAUGAUCACCUUUACUUCUAGCCCAAGUCAAGCAAAGGAGUGGUGUUCUGCGCUAUUCGAAGACGAAAAUUAUCUGCCUGUCUUCGACUUUCUGGUUUGUAUGAUGUCAUGGAGCUUAGAGUCACUCACCGUAUACGAUUACGGCAGAAUAUCGAAGUACAAAGAUCAUUAUCUCCCGGGCGCCCUCCUUCGAACCACACAGCAGCCACAAAGUGACAUGGACCAUCCCUAUCCAUUCUCUCGCUUGCAAGAGGUGAAGCUUUACCGGGAGACCUUCAAGAGUACCUUCCAGAGUAUCGACUCGAUUAUACCAUUUCUGGAACUGAAAUCCUUGAAGCGAUUUGUUGGUCAGAAAUUUAUCUUCAACGAUUCGUCUCCGCUUAAUAAUGAGCUCACGACAUUUUAUGUGGAGUCACUUGAACUCUGGGAUUGCAAAUUGCCGAAAGUACCCUUUCUUCAGUCUUUCAAGGCUCUGAAGACGUUCAAAUAUACUUCCCAAUUCGAAUGGAUGCCAUGCUUUGCUGACAUCAUGCGGGUUGAUCUUAGAAUCAGAGAAAGUCUUCAAGAAAUCGUCUUUGACGACAGGAUUGAAGAGUGUAUUGAAGGCCACCAGUGCCCACUCGAUCUCACUAGUUUUAAGGUAUUGACGAGCCUGGAGCUAUCUUCAUAUUCGUCGGUUGGGAGCCCUAGAUGGCGCCUGUUUGAAUACGACGCAGAUUCUUCGCCCAUAUUUACUUCUCAACAAAUACAGGGCUUCAUUACUAGGUUGCCAAGAUCACUGCAAUACCUAAAGAUUACCGAUUGUAUCUACGAGAUUAUUCCUUGAAUAUCGAGUUUUGUUGAUAACAAAGAUGGUUGCCUUGAAAAUAUCAAGUGCCUGACCCUGGCCUUUAGUAGAGGGGAAUGGGGGGAGUUGAUCUCGGGUGAACGCCAGGAGCAAAUCAAUGAAGCUAGGGGAGUUGCAAAUAGUAGAGGCGUAAAGCUUGUGCUUUUGGAAGAAUAACGUACAUACAUGGUCUAUUCUGACAGCAGUCAAGGUGGUGGAGAGGCGAGCUUAUUAAAUUGGAUUACUGGAGAUUUCGAAUUAGGAAGUAGCCUAGGAAGCUUGGCAAUCAGUUGACCCGAAAAAUGAGCGCUGCUUCUUUGUCUCAAAGGCUAGGUUGUCUAGACUCUGUUAGCUGUAGAAGAAUACAAAAGUCAUCGGAG